GGCCGCCGCAGAGCUCCCUGCCUCCUCCGGAAAGGCGAGGGCGCAGGCCAACGGCGAGCCCCCCCGGCCGGGCCCCAAGCCCUCCUCCUCCUCCUCUUCCUCCUCCUCCUCCGCACCCACCGCCCCCGCCUCGGCCUCGCUGCCGCGCCUCCACAACGCCCAGUCUGCACGGUUGAGAGCUGCGCGCCGCAGCGCGAGCGGAGGAGAGGGGCCGGCGGAGCGCGCAGCGCCCAGGCCCCCGCGCCCGCCCGGCCCGGCUCCCGGCUCCGCGCCCCCGCGCCGCCUCCGCUCGGACGCGGACGCGGCCGCAAGACUUGGCGAUCUGGCUUUAGAUUCUUUGUAAGGCCGUUUCUUUUCUCAUUCGCUAAUCUGCCAGGAAAAGAGAUUUCGCCGUUGGCGCUUCGGCCUCUUGUUCAUUGAGAAAAAGAGGAAAUACUCCGCGUGCGCUUCUGGAAGGGGGGUCGUCUCCAGCCCCGAUCCCCGGAGUGUUCAUCGGCGGGGGACUUGGCUCCGAAUUUUUCUCUCGAUUUUUCUUCGCCUUUUGCUUGGAAGUUGAACUGAAGCAGAGUUUGGAAAGAAGGGAAAAAGUUUGCGUCGGGGCUGGAUUUAUUUGCACAUCGCUGAAAGAAAAUCCAAGGGAGAGGGUUGGUGCAAAGCCGCGAUCACGGAGUUCAGAUGUGUUCUAAGCCUACUGGAGUGACUACACUUCCAAGACCUGAUGGAGACCAGAGCUCAGAGUGGCAACGGGUCUCAGCCUUUGCUGCAGGCACCCCGUGACAGUGGCAGGCAGCGUGGGGAGCCAGACCCUAGAGACACCCUCUCCCAGCAGGUACAUGUUUUGUCUCUGGAUCAAAUCAGAGCCAUCCGAAACACCAAUGAGUACACAGAGGGACCGACUGUGGUCCCAAGACCUGGACUCAAGCCUGCUCCUCGCCCCUCCACUCAGCACAAACACGAGAGACUCCACGGUCUGCCGGAGCACCGCCAGCCUCCCAGGCUCCAGCAUUCACAGGUUCAUUCUUCUACUCGAGCCCCUCUGUCCAGGUCCAUCAGCACGGUCAGCUCAGGGUCUCGGAGCAGUACAAGGACAAGUACCAGCAGCAGCUCCUCUGAACAGAGGCUGUUAGGACCAUCCUUCUCCUCUGGUCCAGUUGCUGAUGGGAUCAUCCGGGUGCAGCCCAAAUCUGAGCUCAAGCCAGGUGAGCUUAAGCCACUGAGUAAGGAAGAUUUGGGCCUGCACGCCUACAGGUGUGAGGACUGUGGCAAGUGCAAAUGUAAGGAUUGCACCUACCCAAGGCCCCUGCCAUCAGACUGGAUCUGCGACAAGCAGUGCCUUUGCUCGGCCCAGAACGUGAUUGACUAUGGGACUUGCGUGUGCUGUGUGAAAGGUCUCUUUUAUCACUGUUCUAAUGAUGACGAGGACAACUGUGCUGACAACCCAUGCUCUUGCAGCCAGUCUCACUGUUGUACACGAUGGUCGGCCAUGGGUGUCAUGUCCCUCUUUUUGCCUUGUUUAUGGUGUUAUCUUCCAGCCAAGGGUUGCCUUAAAUUGUGCCAGGGGUGUUAUGACCGGGUUAACAGGCCUGGAUGCCGUUGUAAAAACUCAAACACAGUUUGCUGCAAAGUUCCCACUGUCCCCCCCAGGAACUUUGAAAAACCAACAUAGCAUUAUUAAUCAGGAAUAUCACAGUAAUAAGGAUUGUUCCUUUUUUUUUUUUUAACACACAUAUGCAACCAACUAAACAGUUGUAAUCUUGGCACUGUUUGUAGAGGGUUGGGAUAUUCUUUGCUGUUUGCAGUGAGAUGCUUUUUGUCCAUGUGCCAUUUUAACUGAUAUGCUUGUUAGAACUCA